CGAAUGGACAAUCUACAGCACGUCCCGACGGCCGAGAAAGAGCCCUUUACUAAAAGCCGAACAGGCUGUGUAGAAUGCAAGAGGAAAAAGAUCAAAUGUGAUGAGAAGAAGCCCGUCUGCUCGCGAUGUAGACGAUAUCCCCAUAUUUGCAGGUAUGAGCUGAAGCUCUCCUGGACCGACGGAAGGCCAUUCAAAAAAGCAAGGAAAGCCAGGCCGGGGAGCUUCGGUGCACCGCCUGCAACAUACACCCAUACCUUCGUAGUCAAUGGCAAUCAGGCAAUUGACACCGGAGCGCAUAGAGAGCCAGCUUUGACGAAAUCUCGGAGCCCUCCAAAUGAUGCAAUAUCCCCCAAGGCAAACAUCGAUGUAGUCGAUGUAAUAGAUACGAUUGAUACGAAUUUGAUGUUAGAGGCUGACGACGGAGCUGAGGAGCAGCUGUCUCCUUCCCCCUUUGAUCUCGUUCACCAGAUGAUGCUCAGUAGCGAUGCGGGUUACGCAGAGCAAACGCCAUUAGAAGAUACACUCGACGAUCGAGUGACAUGGAUGCAAGACGCUCUUCACGGAGCCCCUUCAACUCUGCUGCCAUCGCUGACUUAUAUACCCUGUGAUUUACUGAACUCCCCCGAGUCUCGUUUCUACCUCCAUCACUAUUAUACCCAUACCUCCUCUGUCAUCUUCCCACUCUCACCACCGUGCAAUCCACUUCGCGACACGCUUCUCUCAGCUGCACUCUCGACGCCGCAUCUCCUAUCCGCACUUCUCGCGUCCGCAUGUAGUCACUAUGCUCGCCUUCGUGGAGACACAUCGGCCCAGACCGCCAGCACAAUCUUCAAAUUCACAAAUCACGGGAUGGCCGGUCUGCGGACGGCCAUGAAUACUGAAGGGCAAACCCACACGAUGCAAACUAUAUCUACUGCGCUCGCCCUGUGCACGAGCGAUGUUAUUUCGGGUGAUCUCCAGAUGUGGAGGACGCAUUUACGAGGCAUCAAAGACCUCCUAUUCUCAGCAGUUGGCAAAGCGGGAAAACAACUUACUAUAUCAGACCCUACGCAGCUCUUUCUCGUGAAAUGGUUCGCAGCUCUUGAUGUCCCCGCAGGGGUGUCUGGUCUUGGCAAAGGUACCAUUCCAGAUGGCCGGUACUGGUCUGUCGAGACAACUCUGGAUCCCACUCGAGGCUUCGUGGACGAAUUUAUGGGAUAUUCACUAGAGCUGAUGCCAAUCUUGGCGCGGAUAGGACGGAUGGCACGAGUUGAACAGAAGCGCCGCAAAGUUGCUUCGGCAUCCAUCGACUCGGAAGACGAAGAGGUGCACUUAGAGAUGCGUGCUGAUGCGUUGAAGGAAGUCUGGGACAUUGAAAGCCAGCUCCAAGGGCUUUUCGAACGUACUGCGACCUCAGGAGGGGCACAUAACCCUGCUGUAGGUCAAGAGAUGCGGAACACGCAUCGAUUGUUCGUCUAUGCCGCCCUCCUCCAUCUUUACCGCCGAGUGCAGGACUUGCCGAGACACCACCCCAAAGUCAUCCACGCAGUAUACAUGAUUAUCGAGAAUCUGCAAAGGCUUCCAGAUAAUUCCACAACCAAUAUUUUACUUCUGUGGCCUCUAUUCUCUGCAGGCUGCGAGGCUGAAGACCCCCAUCAGCGGUGUAUCAUCGAGGAACGGAUGAAGAAGAUGGGUUUAUUUGGGAUGGGGAAUGUGGAUCGUGCACGCAGGGCAAUGGUAGAAUACUGGGAAUCAGGAGGCGACAAACGAUGGGAUGAAUUCAUAGAUGAGCGUGGUUGGGACCUCGCACUAUUCUGACGAAAUCAAG